UUGAACUUUGAACUUUGCAGCUUCAACAACUUCAAAAGGGGAACGUUCGUAAGCGAAAAGGAAUUUCUCAUUUUGUUGCGUUGCUUUGCGCGUUGAAGUAUUCCUCUCUUCUACAAACUCCUCCGCCGCACACGGUGGUCGCCGACUCACUCCGGCCACCUAGGUUUCACUUCAUAGAAAGAGAUUAACUACCUCACCAACCUUUCCUUUCUCUCAGCUGAUUACAAUUCUCAACACACUCUUCUUCUUUUCUUCUUGCUGAAUAAAGUUUGGCGGUAGUAAUCUCGAGUUUGGUUCCUAGGGAGAAGAGGCCCUAAUAAUCUCGAGUUCGGUUGGCGGUGAAUAAAGUCGGGCUAAGGAUUAUUUCAGCUGGCAAUAGUGAUACAUUGAUUUUACCCUCUGGUAUCUCAAUGAUGACACCAGAGGCAUCGAGGGAGUUGGAGAAACUUGAAAUCACAGGUCAUCAUGUCAGGGGGAAUACUGAGUAUGUUAGGCUUGCCAUAUCUGAUGAACCGAGGGCUGUUGAAACUGAAAUGCUACAGCCUCAAGCCGAAUCAAGAAUUAAAUCUUUCAGGUGGUGGAUGAAAGCCUUUGUAUGGUGCGUGGUCAUUGUUGUACUUGCACUUGGUCUAGUCAAAUGGGGAGUCCCAUUUGCUUUUGAAAAGGUUCUUUAUCCAGUGAUGGAGUGGGAAGCAACUGCCUUUGGCCGACCAGUUCUUGCCCUUGUGCUUAUUGCUUCUCUGGCUUUAUUUCCAGCAUUAUUAAUCCCUUCCGGCCCUUCCAUGUGGUUGGCUGGGAUGAUUUUUGGUUAUGGCCUCGGCUUUGUUAUAAUAAUGGUUGGGACAACCAUUGGGAUGGUCCUCCCUUACCUGAUUGGACUAAAGUUCCGUGACCGCAUUCAUCAAUGGUUAGAGAAAUGGCCACAGAAUGCUGCAAUGAUAAGGCUUGCCGGGGAAGGGAGCUGGUUCCAUCAAUUUCAAGUAGUUGCUCUAUUUCGAGUUUCGCCUUUUCCCUAUACUAUAUUCAACUAUGCUGUCGUAGUGACAGAUAUGAAGUUUUGGCCCUACUUAUGCGGAUCAAUAGCAGGAAUGGUGCCAGAAGCUUUCCUCUACAUCUACAGUGGUAGAUUAAUAAAGACUUUGGCUGAUGCACAGUACGGGAAGCACCGCCUGACGACAGUGGAAAUCGUAUACAACAUUAUUUCUUUCAUCAUUGCCGUUAUUACCAUUGUUGGCUUCACUGUUUAUGCGAAAAGGACUCUAAAUAAACUGAAAAUAGCAGAGGCGAAUGAAGAAGCUGUGUCUGUCUCAGUUUCUGUUUCUGGGAAUGUUAGUCUUGGGACGAAGAAGGCUUCCCAUUGAAAUGAAAAGGUCUUACAUUACAUAUCUAAUUUAUUAUUAUAUCAGUGUUAAUAUUUAUGUAUCUAACACAUUUGAUUUAGGAUUACUUUCUCUCUCCCAAUUUUAAAUCCUUUGUAAUUACCAGAAUCAGCAUGUUGGAUAGAUAGAUAGCUCGUAGAAAAGCAUAAUCAGUUUCUCAUUUUCA